AUGAAUCAAACAUCAUCCAUGCAGUUCCUUUUGUUAGGACUCUCCCACUACCCAAGCCUCCAACCUCUUUUCUUUACCAUAUUCUUACUGAUUUACAUAAUGGCCUUGGUUGGAAAUGUAUUAAUAUCAGUUGUAAUAAGUUCAGAUCCUCGUCUUCACACUCCAAUGUAUUUCUUUCUUAUAAAUCUUUCCAUAUUGGACAUUUGUUGCACUACAGCUGCCAUCCCCAAAAUGCUCCAGAUACUUGUGAUAGAUAAGAAGUCCAUCUCAUAUUCUGGCUGUAUCUCCCAGUUAUAUCUGUUCACUGCUGCUCUAAGUACUGAACUGAUUCUUCUGACGGUUAUGGCGUAUGACAGAUAUGUGGCAAUAUGUUUUCCUUUGCAGUACAAAACAAUAAUGAGCAGAACAGUAUGCAUAUGUCUGGCAGGAUCUGCUUGGGUCCUUGGCUCUGUGAACUCAAUGACUCAUACCUGCCUCAUACUGAAACUCAGAUUCAGGGAGCAAAAUAUAAUUGAUCAUUUUUUCUGUGAAAUUCCCCCAGUUUUAAAGCUGGCAAAUUCGGACACAUAUGUUAAUGAUGUUGUCAUUGUGGCAUCUGAUGUGCUGCUGGGAAUGAUUUGUUUUAUUUUGACUGUAAUUUCCUAUACAUAUAUAAUUUUCACUAUAAUGAAAAUUCAUUCUGCUGAGAAGAAAAAGAAGGCGUUCUCUACCUGUGCCUCACACCUCACUGUGGUAACUAUAUUUUAUGGAGGAGUCAUCUACACCUAUGUCCGGCCUGCCUUCAGCAACCAAUUAGAAGCUGAUAAAGUUGUAUCGGCUCUGUAUGCCAUUGCAUCUCCAGUAUUAAAUCCCAUUAUAUACAGCCUUAGAAAUAAGGAGGUGAUCAAUGCCAUUAAUAAGAUGUUUUGCAAAAAGACUGUUUUUCAAAAAUGA